AUGACAAAAAGUAAAAGUACUUCUUGUGCUCCUAUUGAUACAACAGACAGACUGGCAAAACUUCGAGCAUUAUUUAAAGAAGAAAAAUAUAACUUGGCAGCUUAUGUCAUCCCUUCUGAAGAUGCUCACCAGAGUGAAUACACAGCUUCACGUGAUGCUCGAAGAGCUUUUAUUUCUGGUUUCACAGGUUCUGCAGGGCUGGCUGUCGUCACAACAGAUAGUGCUGCAAUGUUCACUGAUGGACGAUAUUUUUUACAAGCAGGCCAACAGAUGGAUUCAAAUUGGACUUUAAUGAAACAAGGUUUACCUGAUGUUCCUACAUGGCAAGAAUAUUUAACACAGAAUAUUCCUAAAGGUUCCAGAAUUGGGAUUGAUCCACAACUUAUUUCCACAUCUGAUGCAAAAAGUUUAAAUGAAUCAUUGGGAAGAAUCGGAUCAAAAAUGGCGUAUAUUGAUGAUAAUUUGGUGGACUUGGUAUGGGGUGAUGAUAGACCACCAUUUCCUAAAGAUCCUGUAACUGUUUUACCAUUAAAAUAUGCUGAUGUUCUUUAUAACCCAAUAUUUUUUGCAUAUUCACUUGUUACAAAAAAUGAUAUUAUAUUAUAUAUCGAGGAUUAUAAAUUAACACAAGAAGUAAAAGAAGAACUUUCGAAAUCUGACAUAAAAUUUAAACCUUAUAAUGCAAUUUUUGAAGGUUUAAAAAGUUUACAAGUUAAUUUGAAGAAUGAUAAUCAGGAAAAUGUCGAGGAAGCUCGUUCUCCAGUAACAGAUGCUAAAGCAAUUAAAAAUGAGGUUGAGUUAGAAGGAAUGAGAAAAUGUCAUUUACGUGACGCUGCUGCAUUGAUUAAUUAUUUUGCAUGGUUAGAAGAACAAUUAAAUGCUGGAGCAGUAUUGAAUGAAGUCGAUGGAGCAGAUCGUUUAGAAAAAUUUAGAGCGGAGCAAGAAGAUUUUGUUGGACUUUCAUUUGAUACUAUUUCAUCAUCUGGACCAAAUGGUGCGAUUAUACAUUAUAAACCAGAACCAGAAACAUGCGCUAUAAUUGAUCCAAAACUUUUAUACCUUUGUGAUUCUGGUGGACAAUACAAAAAUGGUACUACUGAUGUGACACGUACUAUACAUUUUGGUAAACCUACUGAGCAAGAAAAACGAGCUUUUACGCGUGUUCUUCAAGGUCAUAUUGCUAUAGAUCAAGCUGUUUUUCCAAAAGGAACAACAGGAUAUCUAUUGGAUGUUCUUGCUAGAACGUCUCUUUGGAAAGAUGGUUUGGAUUAUCGGCAUGGUACUGGUCAUGGCGUUGGAUGUUAUUUAAAUGUACAUGAAGGUCCUCAUGGUAUAGGAACCAGAAUAGCAUUUAAUGAUGCACCACUUCAAGUUGGUAUGACUGUAACAGACGAGCCAGGUUAUUAUGAGGAUGGUAAAUUUGGUAUUCGUAUUGAAAAUGUUUUAUUAGUUCGUCAAGCAGAAACUCCAAAUAAUUUUGGUGAUCGUGGCUAUUUUGGUUUUGAACAUAUUACACUUGUUCCAAUUCAAACAAAACUAAUUGAUACUACUCUGUUAAGUCCUUCUGAACACAAAUGGAUUAAUGAUUAUCAUAAUGAUUGUCUGGAAAAAGUGAAACCUUUUUUGGAACCUGGUAGUUUAGGAUUGAAAUGGUUGGAAAGAGAAUGUGCUGCUAUCUGA